GAACCCGCCUGAUCUGGUUGCGUGUCAACGUGGCGCUACCCCCGCCCUUCCCCGUCCAUCAGGGACCAGGGGGGCGGGCUGGAGGAGGAGCGGUAACCAAUCAGAGCUCCGCUCUCCUCUCCAAGCCCGCCCGUCGGGAAGCGGCUAGGGAUCCGAUUGGCUGCGCGGCUGUGCCUGGUCCCGCCCCCUCGCACCGCCCUCCUCCCGACGCCACGCCCACCGCAUACCUCGCAUUUAAAGGGGCGGGUCGGAUUUUCCUUUUUUAAAUUCUAGUUUAAACCCGGAGUAGAUUAGCUGCCAACGAAACCGUCUCCCGUCCGAUAAACUGAGAACGCACCAUGCCCUCUCUGCUCCGAUUGCUGUGCGCUCUGACGCUGGUCGCCGCGGUGACAGUUGCCAAGCCGACGCAGGAGAAGCGCGACCGCGUCGUGCACGGCCGGGAGCUCAGCGACCACGUCCACGAUGACGUGAAGCCGGGGUUCCAGUACGACCACGAGGCGUUCCUGGGGAAGGAAGAGGCAAAAACCUUUGAUCAGCUGAGCCCAGAGGAGAGCAGAGAGAGGCUGGGGUCUCCUCUCCUCCCUCUCUCUCUCUCUCUCCUCUCCCUCUCCUCUCUCUCUCUAGAUGAGGAGUUUGAGGAUGUUGAUGAUAAGCACAGUUACUUGGCGAUGCUCUCUCGCGAUGAACGCCGGUUCAAACUCGCAGAUCGGGACGGUGACCUCAUCGCCAGCCGGGAGGAAUUCACAGCUUUUCUCCAUCCUGAAGAAUUCGAGCACACGAAAGAAAUCGUCGUCAUGGAAACGAUUGAAGACAUUGACAAGAAUGGAGACGGAUUCGUAGAUCUGGAUGAAUAUAUCGGUGACAUGUACACCGCGGAGGCUGGCGAGGCGGAGCCUGAUUGGUUGAAGACUGAGCGCGAGCAGUUCAGAGAGUUCCGCGACAUCAACAAGGAUGGUAAGCUCGAUAGCAAUGAAGUCUCUAAAUGGAUUCUUCCAGGAGAUGUUGAUCACACAGAGACUGAAGCCAAACACCUGAUCUACGAGAGUGAUCAAAACAAGGAUGAGAAGCUGACGAAGGAGGAGAUUCUGAAUAACUGGAACAUGUUUGUGGGGAGCCAAGCAACCAACUAUGGAGAAGACCUGACGAAGAAACACGAUGAGCUGUAGAGAGAGAGAGACCUCUGUGGUUCUCUAUGCCGCGGGUCUCGUAUCACCUCUAUUAUGACACAUCUUGUAAAGAAAGCAUCGCGGAUUCAUCGAGACACAGCGAAUCAGGACAGCCCUGGCUAUAGGACUACAGCUCCCAGCAUGCCUCUGCGCCCGCGGGCCACGGCGAUUCAGGGUCCACGCUGCAGCGCUUUCUCCUGCGUUUAAUAAAUGUUUGUAUUUAUCAAAGGGGUUUUUAUUUGUUUUUAGUUACAAAAAAUAAAAUACAAAUAAUG